AUGGACUGGGACAUUGGCAUUGGCGACUCGACGCAUGAUUACAUGGGCUCGGCGUUUAUCUCGCUCAGCCAGGACCACAUCCGACGCCCCGAUGACCAGCGACCGCUGCCCGUGCCGCAGUGGUAUGGCCUCCUCCAGCAAGAAGCGGGUGACACGGAAGGCGCGAUCCUCGCAUCCGUCGUCGUCAUCAAGAAGGACACACCGGACAUGAUUCUGUCGCCGCCACGCCCGAUCGCGCCCAAGAUGAUCACGGCGUACUUGGAGAUCAUCGUGCUCGGUCUCCGGGACAUGCGUCCGUUCCAGUUCCUUCCGAUCCAGCUGCCGUUCAUCGAGUUCACGCUCGGCGGCAAGUCGCAUGCGAACCAAGAGAUGAAGACGGAGACGUCCAAGCGACCGACGGGCGACAACCCCAACUUUCUCCAGCGCAUCGUCCGCGAGGUCGAGCUCCCGGAAGAUUCGCUUUUUGCGCCGAUGCUCAACAUUAUGGUCCGCGACACGCGUCUCGGUGGCUGGCUCAAGCCAACGAUCGGGAAUGCGUCCAUCGAUAUGACCACCAAGCUGCCGUGGGGCCAAGGCUACAUUCCACCGCAGACACCCGACUUGGGUUGCGUGGCCAACGCCGCACCUGACGACGACGACAACGACGACGAGAUGGACUUGAGCCCCGACGCGCCACUGCUCAAGGACCAUGCCGGCAAAGGCGAGAAUGGCGCGGGUGUCUUUGGUGCCCUCCACUCGAUGAACAUCGCGAUCGACCUGGAGAACCCGAGCUUGCUCACCGAGACGGCCAUCUCGGACGAGUCGCCGUCGCCCAUGAUGCGGCGCGCGAGUUCGGUCCUGAGCUCGCCAACCUCGGACGACGUAGUCGAGGACGACGAAGGCGCGGACGAGUUUGAGAUCAAGAAGAGAAAGUACAUGAAGAACCGCGACGAGUACAACGAAGACCUCGAGUCGGCGGCACUGAGCUCCAAGCCGUUCGAGACGUAUGCGCUCACGAUUGGCCAAAAGAAGCGCAAAAAGUCGGUGCUCGAUAUCCUCAGCGUCGGCAAGCUCAACCCGUUCAAGCUCGUCGGCAACACAAUGAACUCGGUCAAGAAGGUUGCGGGUCUCGGCGGCGCAAGCGGUGGUGACGGCGAGAACGGGCUUGGCACGUUCCACAUUGCGGGCAUCUUCAAAGGCCUCGUGCGCGUCAUGCGCCGCGAAGACGAGCCACCGCUCGUCGACAUGCAAAAGCUCCUCAACCCGCAGCCGUACGCGCUGCGUGUGUACGUUCUGAACGGCUCGAGCUUUGCGCCCAUGGACCCGAGCCUCGAUGGCACGCCCGGCAAGUCGGACCCGUAUUUGAUCCUGCGCCUCGGGAAGGACAAGAUCAACGACCGGAAAAACUAUAUCGAGGACGUCGUCGACCCCGACUUUUACAAGCUGUACGAGUUUCACUGCCAGUUUCCCGGUGUCGCCAUGCUUCAAAUCGACGCAUUCGACCACGACAUGAUUGGCGGCGACGACCUCAUUGGCUCGACGCGGAUCGAUGUCGAAGACCGGUUCUUUGAUAAGCACUGGCACGCGCUCGGUCACACGUUCCAAACCACGAAGCGCUGGGGCCCCAAGCCCGUCGAGCAGCGGACGCUCACGAUUCCGACGUCGCGGGCGCCGAUGGGCCAACUCAAGCUCUGGAUCGACAUUUUGACGCCGAAGGAAGCCGUGAACUUUCCACCGGUCGACAUUGCGCUGCCGCCGCCGCGCGAGUUUGAGCUGCGCGUGGUGGUAUGGAAGACCAAAGAGGUGCCGAACGCAGACGAGAUUACGGAAAUGAACGACCUCUUCGUGCGCUGUGCGCUGGAAGGCAGCGACCACCAGGACACGGACAUCCACUGGCGCGCCAAGAAGGGCAAGGCGAGCUUCAAUUGGCGCAUGAAGUUCAAGGUGCUCCUCGGGCACAAGCAGCACAACUCCAAGUUUCCGUACUUCAAGAUUCAAAUGUGGGACAAGGACGUCUUCUCGGCCAACGACUGCAUCGCCGAGGGCAUCCUCGACCUGCAGCCGCACUUCAAGAAGGUGUGCAAGCUCCAAGCGCCGUACCAAGUCUUUCAAAACAAGACGCCGCGGCCAAAGGAGACGGCGAGCCAAGCCCAGAACAACGACGCGAUCCGGUCCAUCAAGGAAGCCACGGGGCUCUUUGACACGGACCCGACCGACUCGAGUUGGAUCAAGAUGGAGCGCAUGAACCGCGAGACAGGCGUCAAGGACCCGAUGGGCGCCGUCUGCAUCAGCAUGGAGCUCGUGCCGAUCGAGAAGGCCAAGACGAUUGCUGUCGGGUACGGCCGGAGCGACCCGAACAACAGCCCGUUCCUGCCGCCGCCGGCCGGCCGUCUCAAGUUCAGCAUGAACCCGUUCUACGUCUUCAACGAGCUCCUUGGCCCCAAGAUCUGCCGCCGCGUCAUGUGCGUCGUGUGCUUCGUCGCCAUCGGCGUCAUCAUGUACUUUGCGGGGCCCAUUAUCAACCUCCUCAUCGUCAUCCUCAAGUAAAGCGUCGUCUAAUGCAUCCAUCAUUCCCUUUUGAACUUGUG